AUGAGUGGGGAGGAGGCUCUACCCAGGCCCCAGCUCGGGGCGUGGCUGCGGGCUCCCCGAUCCCUGCACCCUGGCGGAGAAGCUUCUGCCCGAUUUUGUGCCCAUCCCUGGGUCUCCUGGUCCCGGGAAGUCACCGUCCUCCCCACCCUUAGGCAGCGAGCUAGCGAAAGCCACCCGGCCCGGGACAGAGCAGCACCUCCAUCCUCCGGAGCCGGCCAAUUAAUCAGAGCAGGGCGCCAAAGGCGACGCCGGCGACCAGCUCCAGGCCCAGCGCAGUGGCCUGCAGGACCGGGCCCUUUCGGCGCGGGCCGGAAGAAACGUCAGAAAAGGGAGCGGGGCCGGGAAGUCUCAGAAACUCGUGUUCUUUCGGUUUUCAGGGGAAGAGGGGCCCAGUCUUGGCUUCUUGCAGGACCUGUCUUCUGCGCUGCCCCCGCUUACCAGGCCAGGAGGGGAUGUAAACCAUUUGAAGUUCAUCAACAGGGUGAAGUUUUAUUGGAUUUCCGGUCCCCAAGAUUUAUACCCAGGAGGGUGAGGGUGAGGCCAGGCGGACUCCCUCCCUCCUUACCUCGGGUUUCCCUGCCGGACACGUGGCCGCUCAGACUGUCGCCUCUGGGAUGGACUCACACUCUGCACCUUGCAACAGAGUUGCAUCCAGCGCUGUCGCCGGCCAUAGCUCAGUACCGGGUCGCCCCACUGUCCUGGCGACAGCCCAGUCUCAGAGCUGGGGGAUCAUGUAGGGUGGAAGAUUUGACCUCUCAGAGCCACUCUGGAGGCCAGGUGACCCUGGAGCCGGGACUGGCCAGGUGGCCGGUGCCAGGUGGUACUCCUUGGUCAUGGGGAGAGCUGAGAAUCCUUCUCAUCUGUGGAGAGUUCCCGCUGUGGAGACAGAGGCCAAGCAGGUAUCUCAAAGUGGCCCUGCCUGAGCUGGAGUCUCUUGGAAAACAGAAGUUUCUGGAAAAUGACCUGCCAGGACCAGCUCCGAGCAGCUGUUACCUGCAGUCCCGGGUCCAGUUCUUCGGACGAGUUGUUCGCUGGCCACUGGGUCUGCGGGAGGAGGCAGAGGAAAUAUGCGAAGGGGCCCGGAAGAGGCUGGACCGGAUGGGGCUCCGGUGGCGCCAGGCUGACUUGGAGGGCCAAGGGGCUCAGGAACAAGGGGCCUCUGCUGGGACUGAGAGGCCCUGGGGGACGCGCUCCGAGCACGAGGAAACGCAGCCUCACCCCACUGUCAUGCUGCUUAAGGCCAGCAGCGCUGUCCCCGGGCAUUUUGCUGUCUUGGGUCUGGGUCCAGAGGGCAGGGACGCCUCCUCCGCCUUACCUUGCUUCUCCGCUGCUCCCAAAGCUGCUCCAGGCUUGGAGCCAUCGCUGGCGUCCCUCGGCCACCCCCUGUCAGGAAAAGUGCUGUAAAAAGAAAAAAGGGGGAUGUCCGAGAGAAAGGAGGGAAUAAAGCCUUUGGAAAAGCAGAGGGUUUUACGACAGCCACAGGGUUUAUGGAAGCAAUUCCGUAAUAACCUUCUACCUGCUCGCCUCUCUCCGCCCCGCCUGCCGCCCACCCCGUUUGGCCGCCUGGACCCCCCUCCCCAACUCCCAGGAAGUCAGCCACCCCUACCCACCGCCCUGGACACCCUUGAGGGCCAAGAGUCUGUAAGGAGAUUCCUUUCGCCUCUGAUGUCCUAGGAGAGAGCUUGGCAGAAGAUUUCCUUCCUUAAUCAGUGAGACGUGCACUCGGGGGACGUGGAAGUAACAGGAUUUGAACUGAGGUGUGCACGGUCGGUAGGGUACCUGUUGGGAGGUCCUUUGGGAUAAAGGACAUCCUGAUUUCCCCCUCCAAGGGGACACAUGUCCCCGUGCCUCGCUGUUUUCCAGAGUGGCUCCGGGCUCUGGUCCUGGGACAGAAGAAAUCUUUAUCCUUGAGGUAGGCUGGGGGCUUCUCUAACCUGGUUCUACACAGCCGUGCUCGGCGUGAGCUCCAACAGUCACCUGAGGACUCUCACUCAGUUCACACCUGUUCACCUCGGCCUCACACUCACCCAAGACACACGUGUGCACAAGUAAAGUGCUCCCACGCCCAGGAAAUAAGCAUCACACAACACACGCUGUCUCUGCCGUGUGGGGCAAGAUAAUUCAGUAGAGGAUUUCAUGGUCACACAAAAAAACAAAAAAAGUCACCAGAUUUCAUGACCUUUCCCCAAUCUGGAGUAUUUCCUUCAUCUCCCAGAGGAAGUCAUAAUAGAAUCCAGCCUGAAGUCAGACAGGCGUUUGCUUGAGACAGUAUGGUGUACGUUCUUCUUCCCCACCCCACAUCAGCUAAUAUUUCAUAGCCACAAUUCAGGUACACAAACAGCCAGGUUUUUGGCUUCUCCCUACGUGUGCAGAUGAUUAUAAAAAUGUACAUACGAGCUUCUGGGCCAUGGAUCUUAAUGUGGUCAGAAUGGUUCAUCUGUACCCAUCACAGAGGUUACACGCCUGUGCACUUAUGCAAGAUUAGAUCCCCUAGGCCAGCGCCCAGGGACAUGGAGUGUUAGAACUGUGCAGACCUGUUCUGCGCACAGCAUGGAGCACAU